CGUUUACGAAUUGCAUUGUUUGUGUGGGCGUUGUGCGUGUGAAUGGAAGUGUUGUGAGAAAGUAUUGCAUAUUUUUUUCCUCAUCUGUGCUUCUGAAAUUCAACUGAAAAGAUGGCAGCAGUAACAGAGCCCCUGACUCUCCAAAGAGAUGUGAAGAGGGCUAUAGAGCUUCUUGACAAACUUCAGAAAACGGGCGAGGUGCCGACGGCCAAGCUGGCCGCCCUGCAGAAGGUUCUCCAAUCAGACUUCUUCAAUGCUGUCCGCGACGUGUACGAACACGUGUACGAGACGGUCGACCUGUCCGGCUCGCCCGACGUACGGGCUUCUGCCACGGCCAAGGCGACAGUGGCCGCGUUCGCCGCCUCAGAGGGCCACGCGCACCCUCGUGUCAUCCAGCUUCCCAAGACCGACGAGGGUCUCGGCUUCAACGUCAUGGGCGGCAAGGAGCAGAACUCUCCCAUCUACAUCAGUCGCAUUAUCCCGGGCGGCGUGGCCGAUCGGCACGGCGGUCUGAAGCGCGGCGACCAGCUGCUCUCGGUGAAUGGCGUCUCGGUGGAGGGCGAACACCACGAGAAGGCUGUGGAGCUGCUCAAAGCCGCCCAGCACACAGUGAAACUGGUGGUUCGCUACACGCCGCGCGUUCUCGAGGAGAUGGAGAUGCGCUUUGACAAGCAGCGCUCGGCUCGCAGGCGGCAGCAGUACUGAAUGCAGAGUCUGAAAACACCGCCACCACAUUCUGGCGUCGGUCGCUAACGAGAUGCAUCAUGUCCUCACUCUCUGGAGCACGUUCCCGUUUAUUGAGAGCCUUCUGGCAACUGCCGAUAGGAUAUGUGGGUCACAAUUUUCCCCGAGUGGCCACGCGGCUGUCAUCACUCCGAGACAGUUUGCGUGGUGGUCGCUAGUAUGAGUGGAACUCCAGUAGGUAGAAGCUAGCUUACUCUGCGUGAGUGUACGCUCAGUUUUUGUGUUGUGCGGCUGUAGUAAGUGUGGUUUGAAUUUUGAACCCGAAAGCGAGGUGGAUCGUUGUCGCCUUGUCAAGGUGGUCUUGCGUUGUGACCCUAGUCGAGAAAAAGCUGCCGAAUUUCAUCUUGAUGUGCAGUGUGCUUGGUUGAUGACCCGUCCGGUUUUCCUAAUGUCUAUCUCGGUAGCGAGUUAAAGACCUGAGCUGAGGUAGAUAAUCUGCUAGAGCCGAAAUUUACCGCAUGAAAGAAAGGCCUACUUGUUUCACCUUACCCUUACGAGGGAACGUUUGGUGCAAUGUACCCUGUAGGUAGGCACUAGAUAGGCGUCCUUAAAGGGACCCUCCCACCUUAACAUUAGAUUUGAGUUGAGAUAGCCAAAAUGGGGUCCCUGGCUCACAAUUACCGGUUUCGGCACUCACAACAUCGAGAAAUGCCUUAAAUCGGAAAUAUUGAAUUUCAAAAUUGCAGCAUUUUGAUUCAGAGGGGCUGAUGCUUAGGAAUACCCCUCUGAAUGUGUGACGUCAGCGCAAAUAUCUAACGAUUUUUAAAUGUUUGACUAAAACGUUUUGUAGCACGCGGUGGUAUAUGCUAUUUGCGCGCAACAUCUGCCGCAAACGCCGCACUUCUAAAAUGAAGUCGCUAGAAACAGCGGAGAUCCCAAAAAAGUAAACAAAAGUAAAAGUCUAAUAUCUUGAAAACCGGUGAAUAUUUUUUGGUGAAAUUUGGUAGCUAUUCGUUUUCGCUCUUUCUGAACCGAGCGACAUCACUUUCAUGCCAAUUCAUAAACUUUUUUGAAGGUGGGAGGGUCCCUUUAAGGUGUAUACCGAUGCUAGUUGUAGAAGUAAUCGUGGCAGCUAGGAGCAUUUCUCCGGUGUGGUAACACGAGACUAGCCUAGGUUGUGAAUUCGCUCGGUCCUUAUGUGAGUGUUUUGGCUUGUUGUGCCCCAAUGGGUCGUUGAUGGCACCUUUUAGUGUAUCGAACCGAGGGAGAACGUUAGGAGCGGAAAUGUGCGACUUGGAGGGUCGAUUAUGUUGUGCGAUGCCACACCAACGCUUUAUUCGAUUUGCUCAUAACCGUGUAUGUUUUAUUGUGCUACGUGGUAGCAGAUAAGUGCGAGUUUCUUGUGGUUAGAAUCAGGCAGCACAGGCCGUCCUUUUUCUUCUUUCCAGUAACCGAACCAAUGACGUAUCGAACACAGAACGGUGUCUGUUGGUCUCCUAAAUCGUUUUUAUUGCGUUAGUUGUUAAGUGCUUUUUUCAACUUUCGUCCGCCGGUGAUCGAAAUAUACAACUGGUCUCGAA